UGGGAUUUGUCUGCUGAGAGAGACUAGUUUCGGUUUCCCGAUCAAAUACACCAUACCUCUCCCCCUCUCUUUCUCAUAUUCUUUUCCACUUCUUUGUGUGUAGUGUAUUUUUUUCUUCUUUUUGUUACUUCAUCACCUACAUCAUCUGAAGACUGUUCAAAGUGACGAGAGAAAGGAAUAAAUUGAAACCCACUUUGAUUUUAUGCUCACUUUGAAGGAUCUACAGAUCUAAAUCUGUUCCACUUUCAGAUCUUCCUCUUGGCUCGUAAGGUUGGUGUCAUGGGUGUUCUGUUCCCAUAAGAAACAUAAGAUCGGUUUCACAUUCAGUAACCUUGUCCCUUUAGUUCAUAGAAUUCUUGGCUGAAAUCAAAGUUGUUGAAUUUAAUAUGUUCGGUUUCUGUUAUUCGACUUCUAAUUUUUGUUGUUUUCACGUUUAUUCUUGAUGUUAUUCUAGACUUUAUGUGCAUAGUGCAAACAAUUACUAUUUCUGGAGGAGAUAUUUGUAAAAAUACCCAUUGAGGUUUAUUCGGGCCAGAGUUAUCUUGAGUCCUUAUUAGAUGUGGAUAAUUUGGAGGGUGGUUUGGAUGAGAUGAGGUAUGUUAUCUGGGUUAAUGAACCUUUUGAGGGCCUGUUUUCGGCCAAAGGCAGAUCCAUAUGUUCACACGGGUUCAGAUGCCAGUGGCCGUCAAGAUGGGCUUCUUUGGUAUAAGGACACAGGGCAUCAUUCCAAUGGGGAGUAUUCUAUGGCUGUAGUUCAAGCGAAUAAUUUGCUUGAGGAUCAGAGCCAACUUGAAUCUGGUUGUUUGAGCUCUCAUGAUUCUGGGCCAUAUGGUACUUUUGUGGGGGUUUACGAUGGACAUGGCGGUCCCGAGACUUCUCGGUUCAUCAACGAGCACCUCUUCCGACAUCUCCAGAGGUUCACUUCGGAGCAUCAAUCUAUGUCAGUGGAGGUGAUACGGAAAGCAUUUCAAGCAACGGAAGAUGGUUUUUUCUCACUGGUCAGCAGACAAUGGCCCAUGAAACCGCAGAUAGCAGCAGUUGGCUCGUGUUGCCUUGUCGGAGUCAUUUGUGGCGGAACUCUAUAUAUUGCCAACCUUGGUGAUUCCCGUGCUGUUUUGGGAAGACUAGUCAAGGCAACGGGGGAAGUAUUGUCCAUUCGGCUCUCGGCCGAGCACAAUGCAAGUAUUGAGUCUGUGAGACAGGAGCUGCAUUCACUGCACCCUGACGACUCACAAAUCGUAGUACUAAAGCAUAAUGUGUGGCGUGUGAAGGGCCUCAUACAGAUUUCAAGAUCUAUUGGUGAUGUGUACUUGAAAAAGGCUGAAUUCAACAGGGAGCCAUUAUAUGCAAAGUUUCGACUUCGUGAACCUUUCAAAAGACCAAUUUUGAGCGCAGAACCAUCAAUUUCUGUGCACCAAUUGCUACCUCAUGAUCAGUUUGUUAUAUUUGCGUCAGAUGGCCUAUGGGAGCACCUUACCGACCAAGAAGCUGUUGAUCUCGUCCAAAAUCAUCCACGCAAUGGAAGUGCUAGAAGAUUAGUGAAAGUGGCAUUGCAAGAAGCUGCUAAGAAGAGGGAGAUGAGGUACUCAGACUUGAAGAAAAUUGAUCGAGGAGUUCGCCGUCAUUUUCACGAUGACAUCACAGUUAUCGUGGUGUUUCUCGACUCACAUCUUGUGAGCAGGGCUAGUACAGUUCAGAGUCCUAAUGUAUCUGUGAAAGGGGGUGGUGUCAAUAUUCCGCACAAUACCCUUGCUCCGUGUACCACCCCGACAGAAGCUGGUACUACUUGAUGAUGCUAUUCUAAUAUUGUGGCCUGUUGUACUUUUCCUCCAAAAUGAAUACAGGUAGCUAAAAGAAAGAGCAGCCCUUGAUUGUACACUGUAACUUUUUUUAACUGGAAGGCUAAUACGUGGGUAUAAUUCCAAUGCGAGCAAUGCUACAGAGACAGGGUGAAAAACAGGGUAAAAAACAGGCUGCACACGUGUCGAUGCAUUAUUGGGGAGUUUGAAAAAUUAAAAAAUAAAAAACAGCCAACAAGUUGCUUUCACUUCUGUAUGUUUUUUCCCCCUGUUUUUCUCCCCGUCUGUUUAUCAUUCUUCUUCCAAUGCCCAAGAAACAGACUGGAAAAGAGAACUGUAAGGUACAUUAUUGUAGUUAUGUUGUUCUGGGCAAAUCUUUCGACCUCUGUUGUUUUCCCAUGUUUUAAUAGUCUGAUUUUAAGAUUCGUGUAAAUUCUGUUGACCUCCCUAAUUUAUUUUCUGUUAACUUAUUUUCCUGGGACAAUUUGUUCGUCCUCUUUUUCUGUUAA